AUGACUCAAAGACGUGAUGACAGCGGUACCCUUACAUUACUUACACACAAAAAGAAGCCCCUGACUUUCCAAGAUACCACACAUUUUCCCAAGAAUCCCCAAGGCUUUCUAAGAUGCUCCAUAUCUUCCCCAAAAUCCCCAUAUCUUUCUAAAAAGCCCCAAAUCUCUCCAAGAAACCCCAAGGCUUCCCAAGAAACCCCAAGGCUUCCCAAGAAGCCCCAAGGCUUCCCAAGAAACCCCAAGACUUCCCAAGAAACCCCAAGACUUCCCAAGAAACCCCAAGGCUUCCCAAGAAGCCCCAAGGCUUCCCAAGAAACCCCAAAACUUCCCAAGAAACCCCAAGACUUCCCAAGAAACCCCAAGACUUCCCAAGAAACCCCAAGACUUCCCAAGAAACCCCAAGACUUCCCAAGAAACCCCAAGACUUCCCAAGAAACCCCAAGACUUCCUAAGAAACCCCAAGGCUUCCCAAUAAGCCCCAAGGCUUCCCAAUAA